CCUUUGAAUCUACAUGAAACAGAGGAACACAACACAACAAUGGCCUCUCACUUCUUCACACCGUCACCAACACCAACCACCACCGGUGAUGCCGUCUAUGUAGCAACGGUGCCGCUUAAAGCGUCCCCUGGCCCACCACAGCUUAUUAUGUCUAUGGCUUACUCACUUAACCUCUGGAAACUACAGCAUUUUAUGGUCCUCAUCAAACCUUCUUCUCCUAUUCGUCAAGAGGUAGUUGUGUUUGAUUUUCAGCCACGUAAUCCAGAGAGCAUAGAAGCAGCAAUCUCAGUUUUGUCAGGAAAUUUGAUUCCAGGUGUAGUUCUUGAAAGAAGGCUGAAGAAUGUUCCAAGGCAAAGAUGUUGGAUGGUUGGAUCAUCUAAAGGGAAUGCUAUGGAAAUGGCGAUUGAGUUUAAUAACUCAUGGGAGACUGAUCUUAGAGUUGGCUUUCAUGACUGCCGUCAUUAUACUAAUGAACUUGUCCAACAUCUUACCGGCGAAAUACAAAUCUUGGAGCGACUUCCACGAAGCUAAUGUUAAUAAUAUCCACCUCAGUAAUAGAUGAAACAAAUGGUCACUUAUUGUAGUACUAAGAGUUUAGUCUCAGCUAUUAUGAUGUGAUAAUUAGUGGUUGGAAAUAAAAAUUUAAAUGUAGUACUAUUGUUUAUUAGUAAGAGUGGUUAGUUUUUCUAUCUUUUUAUAAGAUUUUUCUUACUUUAUUCAAAUUUAUGCUUGUAACUUGUAACUAAUGAAAAGUUUUGAGCCAAAACAAGAGCCAAUGCGACACAUGUUUGAAAUUUUCUUACUCCCAACUAGAAAAUAAUACAAAUGA